UUGAAAAAAUAUCAGAAUUUUUUGUAACCAGUGUCGAAAAAUGCUGGAUGUUCGCAUAGUAUUCUGCUUUGAAUUGUGAAAACACAAUACGUACAGUACCUUUCCUAAAUAAUUCAAUGUAGGCUUGGCUUGUUAUUUUCUACCUCUUUCUUGGGUGUAGUGUUACAAUAGUCCUGGAUUUGUAUUUUCCUGUGUGGCGUACUCGGUCUCCCGAUUAUGGCAUCCCAGCUGGGAUUUGACCAACUUCGAGAGAAGUAUAAAAAUGUGAUUCUCUCCAAUUACACGACCGAGGGCUCUGCCGCGUUUAAGUCUGCCUUAGAUGCCAUACAAGGCCGCGAGGCCGAGAGGAAGCUGGCCUUGGAUCAGGCAUUCAGAGAUGCUGCUCGCACCAUGUUGAUCGAGGGGCAGACAGCGUCCAAUCUAACCGCAGUGGUUACGUGUGCUGUUUGCUGUGCGCGGCAAGAAAUGUGCAACCAAGUGUUACCGUUCACUCUGCUCUCCGACAUGUUGGACUGUGUGACACUGGAUCAGUGUACAGACAUCUUCCACUACACUGAUUCUCAUGUGGACUGGUGGCUUGAGCCUCGUUUCUACACAUCUGCUGGCAAGAAUCUGCUACUUCGUGUCUGCAACAACUUGUUGCGGCGCAUGUCUAAGCCUCAGAACACCGUGUUUUGCGGUCGGAUCCAGCUGUUCCUGGCACAUCUAUUUCCUAUCUAUGAGAAGUCCGCUCUCAAUCUCACCAGCCAGUUCAACCAGGAUAAUGUAACAGAGUUCAAAACAGCAGAGGAGAUCACUGCUGCAUCUCAGAAUGCCAUGGACACGGACGAGCCAAACCAGUCCAAGGUUGACUAUGAUGUCUAUCAGCAGCUGUGGUCUUUGCAGGCCUUCUUCUCUAAACCAACUGACUGCUAUGUGUCUGACAAGUGGACAAAGUUUAAAGCGGCUGUUGAUCAUAUCCUCAAUGUGUUUACUACUCACCCACUCGAGAGUCACAAUGGAGCAUCAUCACAGUCAUCGGUAUCCAAGGGCUCCGCCAGCGGCAAGAGUUCCCCUGCACAGACGGACGCUCUGGUUACAGCCGCAGAGCCCUGCAGCAUUUCCCUGGACGGGUCAGAGCAACAGUUUUACUUUCCCAAGUACCUGACCAGUGAAAAGCUAAUGGACUUGGAGCUGAACGAUGGGAAUUUCCGCCGGCAGGUGUUAGUUCAGAUGUUGAUAGUCUUCCAGUAUUUGGUCGGAUCAGUCAAGUUCAAGACGAGCAGUCAGACCAUCACCGACGCGCAGGAUACGUGGGUCAAGAGCACCAAGGAACGCGUCUAUGAUAUACUAAAGAAAAUGCCACCGAAUGGAGAAAAGUUUGCUUCGUACAUUGAGCAAUUGCUUCAACGAGAAGAAAACUGGAUUGAUUGGAAGAACUCCAGCUGUCCGCGAUUCACCAAGCCCAAGGAGGACUCCAGAAAUAUCCAGGCACCAAGCAGAGAGAAGAAACGCUCUGCAGCGCGGCCACUGUACACGGCCAGCAAGAGAAUACGAUGGGAUAUGGGAAGUUCGGAGUUGACAAGAGUAUGGAAUAUCAACCCCGACAAUGUGCAUUCGUGCAGCGACAAAGAGAGACAAUUCACUCCAAUACUCGGUGAUUUCUUUGAUGAGGCUAUGGAACAAGCUGAUCCUGAAGCAAUGGUGGAGGAACAAUACAAAGUCAUCUACGACAGUAGUUUUCAGUUUCGAGCACUGCGCCUGCUUUCACGCAACAGUCCCUACUUCUUUGCUCCGCCGCCCACGAGUAAGGCCAGCGCAAAGGGCGCAGUUGGUCCAGAGUCGAUCGUCGCAUUCUUGGACCAAGCCAUUAUGCAGAUCUCCAAGGACAUCAACACCGACACACCAUCUACUCCGCAAGCACAGCGGCAGCAGUCCCAGCCAUCGUCAUCUCAGCCCUCCCCAGCUCAGCCCUCCCCAGCUCAGCCCUCCCCAGCUCAGCCCUCUCCAGCACAGCCGACGCCGCCAACAGCGCAGUCUUCUGGCACUGAGGAGGCAGCAGCAUCUCAGAAGCAGCAGCAGCUCUCUGUGAAAGAGGAGGCUAUGGAUGCCAGCAGUAGCAGCUCACCAGCAGCACCUGCUGCUGCUGCUGCGGCUGGUGCUGAUGCCACAUCACCUGCAGCUGCAGAAGAUAAUGCACGUACACCAGUCAAGGUAGCAACACCAACUCCAGUAUCUACAUGAGGAAAGCCAGUCAGUCUACUUUCCUUUUCAAGGUGGAACAUGGAUUCGUGCGGCUUUCCUCUGCAUCCUUCCUUCUACAUGACUGGUAUCAGUGUCUGAUGAACACUGACUAGUCAUCGUUGUCAACGGUUUUCUGUGUGACAUUGGAAGGUGACUGUGUGGACAUUGGUGGCGUAUAGCCAUAGCUAGUAGUGCUCCCACUUCAUGCUUUGCUGGAGUGUUAUUGCCGCUCAGGCUUCUGUUGACAGUUGAUGACUUGGCCUUGGUGAGGCUUGCAUGCAUCGUUCUACAAGCGCUCCUACUGGCACAGCGAUAUCCUGCUGUUUACUCCGCAGCCUCUGUAGGACUUUCCGCUGCUGAAGUUCCUGGUCUGGACAGAAGCGAUGCACUAUAAUUAUUAUGAACUCUAUAUCCUCCUGUUCUCCUUGCACUCUCUCCGUGUGGUGUGUAGUGUGGUGUGCUAGUAAUCCGGCAUAGUCCGUGCUAGGCGUUGUCUUUGUUUUCGUUAUGAUCAUGAGCACUCUUGUGUGUUCUUUCUCCAACCUGUGUACAUAGUGCUGCAGCCGCUUUUGUUGUUGUUGUGAUGAGGCUGUGUUGGCUGCGUUUCAUGAAUAGGACCAAUACCCUCUGUUCUACUGACUCGUGAGUCUCCGUCAUGCUAUAAUCUACAGGGGGGUCCACUGCCCAGCUGUUACUUUUGUCGGUACCCAUAUUUCCUGUCUCCAGCGCAGGAAAAUACGCAAGCAACUUACUUGCUGCUCGA